AUGUGCAUCGGCUAUGUCGUUUCCGAAUUGUCAACGGCCAAGGUGGUCCCAUGGUUGACAUCCGGGCUAGUUUCGAAUCCACUUCCACAGGCGGCUGUAUUUUGGUUUUCUGGGCCCACGCAUCGUUGCCGUCACCGAUCAUGUCUCAGCUCGGCUUCUUCGUCCAUGGCUGAGCUCGCUGGAGAUUCAACGGAGAGGGGCGACCUGGUCCAGGGCCAGGCCAAUUGGGUUGACGAGCAGUCCAUGGCGCUCUCCACCCAGGCCUGUCUUGGCCACGCUGGAUUUAAAAAUAAAAAUAUUCCAUCGCGGCAUGGUUGA